AUGCGUUGUCCCAGCUUCAUCAUGCUUCUUUCCCUGGCGUCCGGCAUCUUCGUCCAGGGACGGCCUGGCAAGACCAAGAUUUAUGAGGAGCAGAUCUCAUCAGAGUGCAUCAAGAAUGAAAUUAACAUAAGGACUGGAAAUUGCAACAAGUUCGAGUAUGUUAGUUGCAGCGUUCAGAACUCGAAGAAGCAGGUUGGCAACGAAAAAGAUAUCAAAGAUUGCGAUUUCGACAUCUCCUCCGACAGCAGCUCCGACAGCGACAUGGAAGACGGGAAACGGCGAUCCGGUUGGCGCAAAAAAACGAGCAAUUUCUUUUCCCCUCCUACUCCGGACUCGGGUACACGCCGCUCCCGUGGUAGCAAAGUCCGUCGCACAGUGUCUUAA